AUGUCUACCCAAGAGGCAGACCGUGAACUCAAAGAUCCUGACAGGGCAGAGCUUAUUGCUGAGUUCGGGCGUCGAAUCGGUCUAGAGGAAUUCAAUCUGACAGCUUGGCUCUUUUUGUGGUUUUCUGACAUCACAGCCCUCCGAAAGAGGGUAGAAGAUGCUGCUGGUGAAGGCUUCCAAUCUAUCAGCAUAAACGUUUUCGGGCCUGGUAGAAAGCCAGUAUUCGACGAGGUUUUGAAAUCAUGUAAGCUUCCCUCUAUUCCAGUCACGAAAAAGGGGUUCUCCGCUCGUAAGAUCUGCUGCUACAGGGCUCGCCCGGCCAGACCAGAGGAACGAGAAUACUUAUCCCGACAUGAAGCCCUUCGAGAGAGACCAAAAGCUUAUUCCCUUGAUAGAUGCCAGUGUCUAGAAAGAGACAAGAACAAAUAUGUUCUCACAGAGUGUUCGGAUUUACUCGAACAUUUCUGGACUCAUCUGAAAUUGUUCUGGCCAGCGGCUCAAAUUGAACAAUGGCGAGAACUUGUCACCUCAGACGACUGCCGAACGGAGUUCUUGGGAAACUUGAUAACCUUCACGUCGUAUGUACAUGGCCUCUGGGGCGACGCAAGUAUCGUCAUCAAACCGAUCGGUUACAGAGAUGGAGAGGGAAACGAACAAUUUCUGGAUUUGGAGUUCUAUUAUAUUCCAGCUCGAAUCCCAACAGAAACCAUUACUGUCUGCACACGACCUACGUUGUCGAGUGUCCUAACCGAAGCUCCCGGUGGAAUAGCGGUUGCGGACUACGAGAAACGAGCUUUCCUUGCCUCUGGUCACUAA